AAACGUAACAUGGCUGGAUUCGGAGAGGUCCCAUCAGCAACCAAGGUGGCCUCUGUGUUUAUUGGCUUGGGCUUUCUCCUUUUUGUGGUGGGGUUUGGGGUACCAUACUGGGAAAAAUUUACUUUUGGAGGAUAUGGAGGCCUAUGGAAAAUAUGCAGCAAAGUUCUAGGCAUUGAGGGAUGCAAAUAUUACACAGAUCUGGGAGAUGUCGGCAAAAACACUUAUCUUCCUGACUGGUUCGAAUCCGUGAGAGUGUUCGAAUCUGUUGGUCUGGUGGCUGCCAUCAUCAGUCUUGUUUUCCUCGUUCUGUACACAUGUAUAUCAAAGACUGCAGGAAAUAAAAUUGUAGCACUUCUAACUGCAAUAAUUACAUUAGGAGCAGGCGCGGUGAUCCUGCUGGGUGUCAUUAUUUUCGGUUCUAAGAAAGACAUGGACUACUUGGACUGGGCCUUCGGGCUUGCAGUUGUUGGUGGUUGCUUUUACGUCAUUUCCGGUGUACUUCUCUUUGUCAGCAUGUGUUCUUAGAAUAUGAUCUUUAAAUUACCCAAUUUAUCGCUUUCACCUUUUUACGCUUGGUAGUAUUGAAUUCUGGAUAUGCAUGUUCAUUAGUUUAAAUAGCAACACCACUUUUCAAUGUAUUUUAUUAAAAUGAAACUACGUGCUACGGAUGUAUUGAGAAAUACAUAAGUAAAGUCGAGUAGUAAGAUA